UGGGAAGACUAGUUAGUCCUCCCGGUUGUGGGCGUUGCCUGCUGCCCAGCCCUCCGCCCUCACCGGCAGCUUCAGCCCCACCAGGGGCGUCCCCAGGUGAGUCAAGCCCCGCCCACUGUCUGCCGGCCCCAGCCGGAAGCUUCCUCCACGGAGUGUGCACAGUUCCUACAGGAUCUGUGCCCCAGGGCUGCCUAUCACCUGGGAUCUGCUUGGAGCCAGGGCUCUUCUGGCCAAGCCAAGGCUCACGGUGUCUUCCAGCUACUCCAUGAGUGACACAAACCAAACCAUUGUGGGACCCUCGGAGCUCCCCUCGCUAUCAGCCAUGACCCCUGGGCCAGGCUCUGGGGCCCGGGCAUGGCCUGUGCUGGUGGGGGUUGUGCUGGGAGCUGUGGUCCUCUCUCUCCUCAUUGCACUUGCUGCCAAAUGCCACCUCUGCCGCAAAUACCGCCUCAGCUACCAGCACCGCCCACUGCCCGGGACAAGGAAGGAGAUCUGUCCGGAGGCCGGUGAAGAUGAGGAUGAUGAUGGUUUCAUUGAGGACAAUUACAUUCAGCCUGGGGCCAGCGAGCUGGGGACAGAAGGUAGCAGGCACCAUUUCUCCCUCUGAGUCACAACCUUUGCCUGACAGCUUAAGAAUUGUAAAUACUGCAAUGAACUCAGGGAUGGAGGUGGCUAGGAUUUAAGGGCUGACCAGGGAUUGAGCAAUUUUCCCAUCCCUGACACUAGCCACCAAAGUGACAGUGCCCCUCUCUUGCUCAAUAACUCUCAAUGGCUCCCUGCUAUUCUCAGGAUAAAGCCUACCAAGGACCUGACUAUGGAAAUGAGGCCUCUGUCAGCCUCUUGGUUUGCAUUCUCCCUACUUAACUAGUUAUUAUUAUCUACCAGUUGGUAACAUUUUAGCAGAUGAAAACCAGUGUGCCAAGUUUCUUAUUGAAAUUUUUUCCUAUCAAUACAGUGGGUAAUCUAAAUAGUUAUAAUAUAUUCUGUUUUUCACAGGUACUAAUAAAUCUAUUUUUAUUUCAAAUAAAAAUUAAAAGUUG